UGGGGUUGAAAACACUCAGUUGCUUGGAAAGCAGGAGCUGAGCACUGACAUCCAUCUUUGGGACUUUAUUUUUCUUUUCUACUAACAUAUCAAAAUUCCUGCUUUGAUUCUUGCCAUUUUUUGUGGGACAAGCAACCGGAAAAAAGUGACAAGUACGGCAAUUGGUUUUAAUUUAACAAACUUUGUGUCAUUAUCACUAGGUGGUCUUUGCUGGAAUGAAUAUAUCUGAGUCUAGUUAUUGUCCAGAGGCCAGCACUCAGCCAAGCCAGGUUGUGGAGUGUGGAGCAUGGGUCACUUCGUCAUCUUCCAGCCCAGUAGGUCCUGAUCGGAGCCGCAGGUUUGAUCAUGAAGCAGGUGGUGGAGUGAAGGAGAGAAGAACAGGAAGCCCGGAUUCAAGCCAAGCUAGCGAGGGAAAGUGUGGGGCUGAGCCGAGGAUCCGCAGGCCCAUGAAUGCCUUUAUGGUGUGGGCUAAGGAUGAACGCAAGCGACUGGCAUUGCAGAAUCCAGAUCUGCACAAUGCUGUGCUAAGCAAGAUGCUAGGCCAGUCCUGGAAGGCUCUGAGUACGCUGGAUAAACGUCCGUUCGUAGAGGAAGCCGAACGUCUCCGACUGCAACAUCUCCAUGACCAUCCAAACUAUAAAUAUCGGCCUCGGCGCAAAAAGCAACCCAAAAAGAUGAAGCGUGUAGAGCCUGGUCUGCUUCUUCAUGGUCUGGGUGGAUGCUCUGGGAGUGGAGAUGCCUACCCCCAGCACCCCCAUCCCCACCACCUUGGCAUGGCACCUUUGGGUCAUUUCCGAGAUCUUCAUGCAGGAUCUGUUGCACAGGAUCUGGAGAUCUAUGGCCUUCCCACGCCUGAGAUGUCUCCUCUGGACGUGCUGGAGGAGGGCGGUGGAGACUCUGUCUUCUUUCCUCAUCAUAUGCAGGAUGAUGUGGGCUUGGCACCUUGGGUCAACUACCAACAGCACCAACAGCAAAGCCAAAGUCACCAUGUUAACCACCAUCCCCUGAAUAUGCACUCUCUUCACCAGUCCCACCCACACCUCAACCAGAAACCUGCACCAGGUUGCCGCUCCAUGCAUGAGAAAUGCUCUGACCCUACGAACCCUCACAAUCUCUUCCCUUCGCAUUCCAGUGUAAAUCUUCCAGAACAGGCCAAGGUCCCUCAACCCUCUAGUGUUUACUACGGGCAAAUUUAUGGAAACACCCCACAACAGCCUUUCACCUCUCAACUUGGCCAACUUUCUCCCCCUCCAGAAUCUUCCACCCCAGUUCCUACUCCAUCUGCCCCUCAGGUUCCACCACCUUCCCUGGACAAUAAUGACCACCUAGGACCUUCAGCAGAUUUCUGGAGUGAAUUGGACCAUCAUGAGUUUGAGCAGUAUUUGAGUGCCAGCAGGACUAGAGUAAAUAGGAGCAGUGCAUGUGAAGAGAGCAGCACUCUCAUAUCAGCCCUGUCUGAUGCCAGCAACGCUGUCUAUUACAGCGCCUGUAUUACUGGAUAAAGACUUAUCUCUAGCAAAUGCUAGUUUUAAAAUCAGGUGUAAAUGAUUAUUUUUUUGUACAAGAUUAUCAGUUUAUUUGAUCAACUGUGCUGGCCUGAUUCAAUUUAAUUUUCAUCCUAAGAUGUCAAGAGUAAUUUUAAAUGUUUAGGAAAUUGAAGAUUUAGAUGUUGUGGAAGAAAACGUGUAUAUUAAAAAGCUACAGAAAGAGCUUUAUGAAAUAGUUCCCAAGGCCGCAGUCAGUUUGUCAACAGUUUGACCAGUCUUCAAAUAUAUCAGUCACAGCAAUGUUCGUAUCAAAUGAGGCUCCAAAAGCAGGGACAAUAAGAAUGUGAAUGUUUCAUUUUCUCAGAGGGUUUUGUAUUUUCAUAUUUGUUUUUAUAUAUAUAUAUAUAUA